UUGACCCAGGCUGCCAUACAUAUUGCCCUCACCCGACACCAGAGCUGCAGUCAGUGUUGAGCUAUGCUAAUGUGCCACUGUCACAGUCGGCAGCGUUUUCCUAUUGCAACAAUAGCUACUACAGUGUGGGUGCCACCCCAGCUCCUUCACCAGUGACAUCCAAGCCAGCAGCAACAGCAGUUACUCAGGCAAACAACUCUUCUUAUGGGAACUUUCAGCUGUUUGGAGACAGUGCAUUUGAUAGUUCUGCUGCCUUCUCCAAUAUGAGAAAUUCGGCCACUAAUACAACUCCACAGAGAACUUCUAGAACACCCAGCAACACUGAUUUCUUUUCCACGUACAGUCCAAUCAGUGAUGUUUCCUUAUCACCAACCGAGAAGAUUCUCUAUCAGAAUCUGUUGUCAAAGCACAAUCAACCUGAAAGUACAACUCUGCCAAUGAGCCCACACAGUGAUGUUUCCUUGUCUCCGAUUGAGAAAAAGCUCUACUCAAAUUUACUCACAAAACACACACAGACCAUGAGAGCUAUUCAAGCCCCACCCACCCCACCGAGGUCACCACAAGAGUUCCUGCAUGGUGGCAACACACAAGCCUGCGAUGAAUCGUCAAUAAUUGAGAAUAUGAUGUGCAUACUAAAUGGUCACAGAACUAGAGCAAAUUAUUCUCAUUUCAAAUCAUACCAACAAGUGACCUGGCAUGACACAUCUUUUGCAUCUUCUGGCAGCAGCUUGAACAGCAAUAGUUCAGCUUUUAUGUCCAGCUUGGAUCCAUAUGCAAUUGAAAGGGCUGCCCGCCUACACAAAAAUGCAGCAGCUGUCAGUGAAGCCAGCUGCACAUGGAGUGGGCAUCUGCCACCUCGCAAUCACAAGAACCCCAUUUAUUCAUGCAAGGUGUUUCUGGGUGGUGUCCCCUGGGAUAUUACUGAGUCUGGUUUGCAAGCUGCUUUCAAUAAAUAUGGUCAUCUGAAGGUUGAAUGGCCUGGGAAAGAUGGUUAUGUGUACUUGUUGUUUGAUGUGGAGAAAUCUGUGAGGUCUCUACUUCAAGCGUGUACUCAUGACUUCAGCAAUGGUGACUACUUCUACAAGAUUUCCUCUAGGAGAAUGAGGUCGAAAGAGGUGCAAGUGAUCCCUUGGGUUCUUGCGGACAGCAAUUAUGUGCUACAGCCAUCUCAGCGCCUGGAAUCCAACAAAACCGUGUUUGUUGGAGCACUGCAUGGCAUGAUCACUGCUGAAGCUCUGUGCAAUAUCAUGAGUGAUCUGUUUGGGAAUGUGAUCUAUGCUGGAAUUGACACGGACAAACACAAGUAUCCCAUUGGUUCAGGAAGAGUCUCUUUCAGCAGUCGCAAAAGUUAUAUGAAAGCUGUUCAGGCUGCCUUCGUGGAAAUUAAAACUCCAAAGUUCAACAAAAAACUUCAGGUGGACCCUUACCUAGGGGACGCCAUCUGCAGCCUGUGCAAUGCCCAGCAGGGAAACUACUUCUGUCGGGAUCUGCUCUGCUUCAAGUACCUGUGCCGUUCAUGCUGGUACUGGCAGCACAUGCCAGACUCCAUGCGUCACCACCACCCGUUGACUCGCAACACCAAGAGCUCCGCGUCACACUAG